ACAAUACAAUCACAUUUUACGAUAAUGAACACGUAUUUUCUGUUGACAUGAAUAAAAAGGUUCUGUGCUUCUGGAACACUGUAUACAUUUUUUACUUUAUUAAUAUUACAACAUCACUACCACCAUUGUAUUGCCAGCAACAAAUCAAUACAAGUGAUUGCGGCGGUGCACCAACUCCAGUCUUCUCCUACUACAAGCCUGGCUCCAGAUGUGAAAUAGAAAUUUGGAGAGGAUGUGCUACAUUGAAUAAAUUCGAUGACGAAUAUCAAUGCGUCCAUACUUGUAUGUUUUCAUUUUUAAAAUCAUCCGAAGAAACAUCAGUGGAAUUAUUAAUGCACAAUGAAAGCAACUGCGAUAAAAAACUUAAUACUACUAAAUGUACGGACGAAAUUAUUCCCGUUUAUACAUACAAAAGAAAGAAGAAGAAAUGCGUACAAGCCAAUUGGAAAGGUUGUAGCACUAACAAUAAGUUCCCGGACAAAAAAAGUUGCAUAGCACAAUGCAUACCUAAUGUAAACAAGACAAGUUUCAUAGAACAAUUAAGUCACUUAGUAUCUAAAGACGCAGACAAUGUGAAUUCAGUACUAAACAAGAUUAUAAAAGAUAAUUUCGAGGAAUUGACCUUAACAACAGAAUUUGUUCCAGAAGAAACGGCUGUUGAUACAAGUUUAAUAGAUUUGGUAAAAACUUAUGACAUUGAUGAGUCGUCAAAAGAAAAUAUAACAACAUUUGAAGAUACAACAUUGGAUAAAGUCGUUGAAAAUACUAGCGAAAUGACAACUCUAACAACUACAUUAACAACGGUGUCAAUAACAUCAGCGGAAGCCUCAACCGUAACUACAAUGCAAAUAACAACCACAGCGGCAACUUCAACUGAAGCACCAAGAGCACAGAUAACAAAAAGGCAAACUACAACAACAACUUUAGCACCAACUACAGCACCAACUUCAGCACCAACUACAGCACCAACUUCAGCACCAACUUUAGCACCAACUACAGUACUAACUUUAGCACCAACUACAGCACCAACUACAGCAUUAAGUUUAGCACCAACUUCAGCACCAACUUCAGGACCAACUACAACAACUCCGACGACAACUACCAUACCGCCAUCGGGAACAGUUGAAGAAGUUGUUGUGCCUAGUGUUGAUGAUUACGAUGACGAUUAA